AUGCGAGUGAGAUUGGUGGAGGCAGCACGAAUUGCCGUGAAGGCAAUGGAGGCCUCCGCAUCAUGCGUUUGUGUAUAAGUAUUGGAGCCUCCAAACGUUAAUGAGAUCUGUGCUCUGCCUUCACUGCCUUUGUUCCGCAUCCAACCGGACGCUCCCAUUCCAACCAACAAACCCCACCUGUCGACAUGGACACGAUCAUCAUGGGUCGAAUCUCGCUCUUCUCGCUGGUGCUCGGCGCCCUCGCCCUGCCCGCCCUCGCUCACCCAUCCCCCGGAAUCAAGAGAGAUGCGCCCAACGCAAUCCACAUCACGCCCGGCCCGGGCCUCCCCACCCUCGAGUCCCUCGGCCUCACCCCCGAGCAGCUCUACAAAAUGACGGUGGACUACCUCGCCGAGGACAACGGCACUCCAUCCGGGCCCGGCCCCGGACUCGCCAAACGAUGGACUGACACAUGCCACACGGCAGAUUACCAGGGCUACGGGCCCGACGGCCGGAUGAUCGCUCCAGACGGUCGCAUGCUGAGACCGGCCGGGCUCCAGAACCUCGCCGCGUGCAACAUCUACCUCCAGCGGCUCGACACCACGCGGUGCGUCGUGGGGCCUAUUGGCGGCGAGGCGACCUUCAUGUGCACGGCCAACUCGUUUGCGGGCGAGCCGCCUGCCUACAUUGCCGGAUGGGGCUUGGGGUCCAUAGGAGGGUAUGUCUCGAGCUACUGCCGGGAUGUGGCCGCGGCCGUCUACAGGGUGGGCACGGCGUGCCCUUAUUAUUGCAAGUCGGGGAAAUGUGGGAAGUCGGCCGUCAUGGCGGCACAAGGCAAUGGGGAUUUGAUUGUGGAAAUCGCGGGUUACUGAGGUAGUAAUUAGGUACCUGGGUACCUGGCAUACUUGGGGUAUGUGAGAAACCUGGCUUCUUGGGCGGCCGUUCCACGGCUCUCAUCGUCAUGUUGCUACUUUCGGAUGAGUCAGCCGGCCUCUUUGUUGCGAUGUACACAAUGACGGUCCAUAGAAGAUGACGCAUGUAUAGUAGUUGCUUCUGGGAGUCAUGCCUGAGUCAUUGAAUGCCAAACCAUCCUGGCCGAAGUUUGAGUAACAACAACCCAAGAGGACAAGGUGCUAACGUUAUAUGUACUUCAUUAUUACUUGUUAUUUUCAUUAUUACUUGUUAUUGGGAUGUAUGUCUGGCUUAACUUGCUAGCGAACAGACCAGAUAUUCGUGUGCUUAAUGCGAUAUUCACACUGUUCGUUCCAUCA